AUGCCUCCCAAGACUGCCGAAAAGAAGCCCAGCACUGGUGGCAAGGCCCCAGCUGGCAAGGCUCCUGCUGAGAAGAAGGAGGCUGGCAAGAAGACUGCCACCGCUGCCACUGGCGAGAAGAAGAAGCGUGGCAAGACCCGCAAGGAGACCUACUCCUCGUACAUCUACAAGGUCCUCAAGCAAGUCCACCCCGAUACUGGUAUCUCGACCCGUGCCAUGUCGAUUCUGAACUCGUUUGUCAACGAUAUCUUCGAGCGCGUUGCCACUGAAGCCUCCAAGCUUGCCUCAUACAACAAGAAGUCCACCAUCUCUUCUCGGGAAAUCCAGACCUCUGUCCGCCUCAUCCUGCCUGGUGAAUUGGCUAAGCACGCCGUGUCGGAAGGCACAAAGGCCGUCACCAAGUACUCUUCCUCUGCUAAAUAA